AUGCAGAACUCCGGACAGGGUGUAGCGUGCGCUCCGCCGAUACACGCCCAGCCGAGCAGCACAGUGGCUGAUGCCGUGGCGUUGCACUUCACUGAGGAACGUUCCGUGUGGAGUAGUGAGAUGCCAAAACCAUACAAUCCUCGCCCUCAUGGCUCUUCCUCCCUCUUCAGGGUAAAGGGACGCCGUGGCCAUCCCCGCUUCCACUUGCAUCCUAGGAGUUGUGCAGCCCUGGCUGCCGUUGUCACGGCAUACUUACUGCUGCGUUGCUCCUUGCAGUUCUGGGCCUCAACAAAGCGUAGUGAGCCUAAAAGCAUCCCGCGGUCCCUUUCCGUUGUUAAAGAGGAGGGGAAAGACCCAGAGGGUCCCUGUGUUCCUUGGGGGGUGGGAGAGUCUACACUUCCUGCAGUAGGAGGCGAACAUCUUGAUGGAAAACAAGUGCUUGAGCGCGCGAAACUUUACACAGUUGGUGUGGGUGAAGCUUUGCAAGAGAGCAGGAGUGUGCUUCUUCAGGUUCCUGGGCAUUAUUGUGUGAAGGCCUUCUCGAACAUGUUGCGUUUGGGCGUGUUGGAGCUGGCUGCACAAUGUUCGUUGCUGGAGCCGAGCCAGCGGCACCAUGUGGAGUCUGCAGCAGACGUCGCUGGACUGGCGGUAGCUCUAUUCACCUCAGAUAUAAUCUCUAGGGGUUUGGGCCGCGCUAGCCUGCGUCACUUCAAGCGCGUGCGUCAAAUGCUGCGGCAGUUGCCGAAAAUGGACUUUGAGGGGACACGCAUGUCUCCCGCCGACCGUCUGACAAAACUUGCUCAGCUGAUUUCGUUGCAAGAGGUAGCACUGGCACAGUUGAAUUUGGGUAUGCAGUCGUUGGUUAGCUGUUGCCAACAGGAGGGAGAAUCAAUUCAGGAAGACGUUGCAACGAUGUAUGUGGAUGCGAUGCACCAGACAGCCACAAAACGGAGGGACCAUGUGCUUGCUGACAGCUUGCUCGGCAGGUGGCUGCGCACACAACACCCCGAGAGCUCGCACUAUGGGCUGGUUAGUCCCAGAAUUAUUAAAGAACUUGUCGGCAGUCCCGGAAAGCCCCACGACGAACUGCUAAAAGAGCUCCUCUGUACCCGUUUGGGCUUGCUGCAACAGCAGAGCAGCCGGGGAGCUAGGGUUCAUGUUGAUGUCCGUGCUGACGCGCAGGGGCUCGGGGCUCCUCUCCCAGCAGUAGUCCAUGCUGGACCAGUGGAGACGACCCCAAACCCGCCAAAGGGCUGGGAAUCUUCUGAAGCACCGGCGGAGCCCGGUCAGCUUGCAGAGGGUGGUAGGUGUGGGAAACAGUUGUUAGAAAGCUCAGGCGCCUCCGCGAUUCCAGCAUCCUCUGGAAGCUUGGGGUUGGCUGGGUCUGCUAACGCCCCUGCUGCCACUGGAACUGGUGUUGGGUCUUCGAGCUCUACAUUGCCUCCUGUGCCUGGGCCGCAUGUUCCAUCUGGAGUUUCGAUAGUCCCCGACUCCCCGCUGGUACCGAGUUCCCAUCAGCCUUCAACGGCCAUCAAGCCUCCUCAAUCCCCGCCCAUAGUGGGAAUGCCUGUACCAUGGAGUUCCGUUGGCAGGUGUAGGCACUUGCCUUUUUCGGGUCCCUCCAUGACAUCGCAGUCCGCUGACGUGGCUGCAGGUUUUGGGAACUCAGAGUCGCCACGGAAUGAUGAGCAUUCGUGGCAGUCUGAAUCCACACCACCUCAGGCGUCUAGCCAUCGGAAAACCCAUCACACAGCUCCCGCCCCUGCAGCCACAGAGCGUCCAGAGUCCUCAACUGCUAAUUGGGCACUUAAGGGCGUGCAAAAAGCUCCAACGUGGCCAGCGGCACACGCGCAACCACCGAACGUUCCUCACGCUGGGCUAGGAGAUGCAUCAGAAGCGGACAAUGAGCCAAUAGAUGAUAUUCGGCCAGCUGACCCAGCAAAUCAGGGCCGUCCGGGUAACCAUGCACCCGGGCCUCCUGUCCUGCAGCCCAUGUUUCCAAGCGGGCCGAGCGGCAGUUUUCCGCAGAUGCAAUCUAGCGCUCAGCAGUAUUCUUCCGGCGAAAGCCCGUUUGACGUUUCUCGCGCUUCCGACAUAUGGGGUUUCAACGGCCCAUCAACCGGACAAGCAGCCAUACAAUCUUUGUCUGAAGGUUCUGGUAUGCGUGCGGAUCUCUCAGCAGGGAGCUCAAGCUGGAGUUUACCGGGCGCGCAGUCGGGCUUGCCUUCACGGUGGCACCGGGGUUCCGACAGGCCAUGGUCAGCAUUCAGAGGUGUGGCUGUAGGGGAGCCAGUGGAACGGUUAAGUAAAGAAGACUCAGCACCAGCGGCGCACGUAGCAGCAAAUCUUUUCUCUUGGACUUAUGUAGAUUUGAAUAAAUCCCUAGCUUUAUCCAGGGCACAAGGCAGGCAGACUGAUGGGGAAUAG